AGCAAAUCUCCACUGGCUCAGGACCACGUUUUCCCCCUGUGGGCUCUGGCUGGUCACAGGGGAACCAAGUUCACCCCAAACCACAAUUGCUGCCUGUGCUGGCGGCUCCCAGCCCCAGCGGAUGUGCCGGAAAUAACCCUGGCGGGGCCGCAGGGCCCCUCCUUGACGGCGGUCGCAGCACCCUAUAAAUCCGCCCGGGGACCAGGAGCUGCACCAAGCACGGUGCCCGCGCAGAGAGGCACGAUGAAGCACCUCAUCCUGCUGACCCUCCUGGCUCUCCUCACCCUUGGCCUCUGCCGCAGAGCUGCCGACCGCUCCAUCAGCGCGGACGACUCGCCCAGCUCCGAAGCCUUCGUCUCCAAACGCGCCAGUGCCGAGGUGGUGCGGAGGCACAAGAGGAAUUACAUCUAUGACAGCAGUGUCUAUGGUGUCGUGCGGGACCCGCUGGAGGCCAAGCGCGAGGUGUGCGAGCUCAACCCCAGCUGCGACGAGCUGGCCGACCACAUCGGCUUCCAGGAGGCGUACCGGCGCUUCUAUGGCCCUGUCUAGCCCCCCCCGCCCCCCGGCUGUGCUGCCGCGCUGCAGGUGCCGGAUCUGAGCUCAGAGCACGCCCCCCCCGCCCCCAGCAGCCCUCCUUUUACACCCCUUUCUGUUAACCGUGGAAAGAA